AUGGAAUCUACAUACACAGAAAGUACAAUUUCCAAAUUGGAAGAUAAAGAGGAAACGAUCAAAUUUGAUGAAUCUGAAUUGGAAGAACAACUGCAUCGAGGAAGAGAUAAAAAGAGAAGAUUAUCAUUUCAUUCUCGUCAUUCUUCAGCCAGUAGACAUAAAAUUUUUCCAAUACGUGAAUCAGUUGAUCCUGGUUCAGUAUUACCUACUGUUUUCAGAACUAUUUCUCAUAAUAUUGAUAUUGAAAAAAAUCAUCAACCAAUUGAUUCUAGCGAUGAUAAUGAUGAUAAAGUUGACAAAGCUGACGCUGCUGCUAAAACCAAAUUUAGUAAUUAUUCAUUUAAUAGUGAUGAUAUUGGUGAUAUUGUUGAAAAAUUCAAGACUGAUUUGACUAAUGGAUUAUCUGCAAGUCAAUAUCAAGAAAACUUGAAAACUUAUGGUAUCAACAAACAAUCUAAACCUCCAUCAGGAUUAUUGAAAAGAAUAUUCAUGUAUUUCUUUGGUGGAUUUGGUUUGUUAUUAUUAGUUGGUGGUGUAUUAUGUAUCAUUUGUUGGAAACCUUUAGGUUCACCUCCAGCAGUUGCCAAUUUGGUUCUUGGGGUGAUUUUAUUGGUGGUGUUUUUAAUUCAAGCUGGAUUCAAUUUCAUUCAAGAUUAUUCAAGCUCUAAAGUUAUGGAAUCAAUUCAUAGUUUGGUUGCCAGUGAAAUUAUGUGUAUUAGAGAUGGUCAAAAAAUUAAAAUCAGUUCUCAAGAUCUUGUUCCUGGUGAUAUUAUUAUUUUUGCCCCUGGGGUUAAAAUUCCUGCUGAUGCUAGAGUCAUUAGUAAUUCCCCUGAUUUGUCAUUUGAUAGAGCAAUUUUAACUGGUGAAUCGAAACCUAUCAUGGCUACUUCUUUCAGUGAGGAACCAGGUACAAAUUAUUUGGAAAGUUCUUGUAUUGCUAUGCAAGGUACUUUUUGUGUCAAUGGUACUGGUAGAGGGAUUGUUGUAUCUACUGGUGAUAACACAAUUUUUGGUUCAAUUGCUCAAUUAUCUUCAAAACCUAAAACUGGAUUAUCUCCACUUCAAUAG